GAUGUGCUAACAUGAGCUGAAUUCGGCUGACACUUUCCAAACCAAGCAAGUGCGAGUUUUUUUAACUUAAAUAUGCUCGACGUAGAUAAGAAGUCGAUGCAACAACACUUGCCAUUCCACGAUACAGCACCAAUCAAACAACGAUCUAUUUACUAAGGACCGUCAACUCAUUUUGGUGUACUUAUUUGUGUUGAAAGUGCGACACUCAGCUCAUGCAUUACGUCACGAGAUCUCCUGGGUCAUGAUGCAGGCUUUUCCCGACUUAAUUUAUGAGCCAGUCACCAUGGGCACGACGCUCAUUGCCGUGCAGUUUAAAGGUGGCGUGGCAAUUGCCGCUGACUCCCGUAGUGCAAUGGGAACCUACGUAUCCAAUCGCGUUGCCAAUAAGAUUACCCAGAUCACCGACUACAUCUAUUGUUGUCGUGCCGGUUCUGCCGCCGAUACUCAGACGCUUGCUGAAGUUGUGCAAUACGAGCUGGAUUUCUACGAGAGGGAAAUCGGGCAACAACCUACCGUUCGUGCUGCAGCCAAUGUUCUUCGUGGUCUAUGUUACGAAUAUCGUGACAGGAUGACUGCGUCCAUUAUUUGCGCCGGAUGGGAUCGCCAAACAGGGGGGCAGAUAUAUAACAUCUCCGCGGGAGGGUCAUUAGUACCUCAACGAAUAGCUGCGAGUGGUUCGGGUAGCCUCUAUAUCACAGGCUUUCUCGACUCGCAAUACAGACCUGACAUGACAAAGGAGGAGUGUGCCGAAUUAUGCCUCAAAGCAGUUUCUUUGGCAAUUAAACGUGACGGAAGCUCAGGAGGUGUAUGUCGCUUGGCUGUUAUUACCGAAGACGGAGUCGAGAAACGAAUGAUUCCCAACGAUCAACUCCCUCAGUUCUAGAUGAGAUACUAUCAGAGUUAACUUCGAUAAUAACUACAUGAAUAUAAAACAUACACACUGUAUGUACUAAAGGGGAGUUUUUGGUGCAAAUAUGGUAAAUAAUUUGAAAAAGUUAUUUGUGGACAGAAUAAAGCAGAGCGCUUUAAUCGAACGAUUACAGUGAAAAGCUGACACAGCAGCGAACCUUUGAGACAGGUCGUGUGAGACUGAGUGUAGACAUUCGACCAGAAUAUUGGUAUAUAUUUUACUAUUGAAUAAAGGAACCACCUGUCUCAUAUUAAUAUGUA